AUGAUGAAGCAGAUCAAGAGCACUGAAGCUUUUCCGGGGACCUUGGAUGCUGCAGGAGGUAACGCUGCGGUGUCGGAUUUCCCAGGCACCAGCUGUGGACCUUCAGAACGACCCGCUCCCUUUCAUUCCUCUCUGAACCAUAUUCCAGAGCUCUUCCUUGAUGCGGAUGCGGAUGACUGCUGGGACAUUGCUGCAGACUACGAAGUCAAAUGCAUGCUGGUCUUCACGUCUCAUAAAAGGGGUCAAAAGGUGAAGUCUUCUGGAGCUCACAAAGAAAAGCUUGAAGCCACUGUUAACAAAUUUGCCCAAUCAUGUCCCGAAAAAGUAAAACAGCCAUCAGCUGUUUAA